UGGCCGAACUUCGCGGGAUUUUAUUUCGCUCCGUCUUCGUGGUUUUCAUCACAGUUUGAUUAUUGAUUUUUAUCCAAGCAAUGGAUCUACUAGAAUGCGAAUGGGGCUCAUGUGAAGAAAAGUUUCCACUUUCAAGUUUUCAAGACUUCAGGGAGCAUUUUGAAGGACAUUUAAGAGGAAUUUUCCCGGGAUAUCGAGCAGGUUUCUCUGAUGACCCCAUACCGGACAAUUUUGCUUGCUUUUGGAGAGACUGCGGUUGGGAUUCUCCCAUUGACGCCGGCGAUAUAAUCCGUCAUGUCUUCUUCCACGCCUUCCACACUAAAAUAAAGCUCGAAGGGUACAAAAAACAACAAGAGAUGAAGCUAACGCCUUGUACUUUAGACAAUCAAAGCAGAAACCUUCUUCCCGACAUUCCAGAACCGUUUCUCUGCGAGUGGAAAGAGUGCACUGUUGAGUUUAACUGUCCUACGCUUUAUUACAGACAUGUUGACAGUCACGCUUGGGCUGUGGAUAAGAUAUACGCAGGAGUUGGCGAAAAUGGCAGGAAAAAAUACUCCGUCACUUGCCAGUGGGAGGGAUGUAAUUUUACAACUGUGAACCACUACAAGCUUAAAGAACAUUGCAGAAGUCACACUAGAGAGAAGAUUUUUGCCUGCAUGACAUGUGGUGGCAUGUUUGCAAAUAAGACAAAACUUGUAGACCACAUGGUUCGACAGAAUUCUUCAGGAUUUGAAAGUUUUCAAUGUUCACAUUGUCUAAAGCACUGUGGCUCAGAGCGCAUCUUGCGAGAUCAUAUGAGACAUCAUGUCAAUAAUGUUAAGUGUCAGUUCUGUGACAUGACUUGUCCAAAUGCCUCAGCCCUCAAACAACACGUCAAAUUCAGACAUUCAGAGGAAAGACCAUUUAAAUGUGAUGUAUGCAGUUACACCUGUAAAAUGCAGUCAGACCUGAGGCGUCACCGUGAAUUCCACAAUGCUGUUUUAGCACAUCAUUGUGAUUUUGAAGGCUGUAAUUUUUCUGCCCGUGCCAUGCAAACAGUGAAAAGGCAUCAGAAAGUUGAUCACCAGGGAAUUGAUUUGUACCGAUAUGAAUGUCAUGUCUGUGGGCAGCGAUACACUAGAGGAUCUGGGCUGACCAACCAUCUAAAGAAAAAACACAGGUUUAGCUGGCCAGCUGGGCAUCCAAGGUUCAGAUACAAAGAGUGUGAUGAUGGCAUUUGUCGACUUCAAACCGUGCGCUUUGAGAGUCUCCAUUUGUCGCAGCUGAUGAAUGAACAGGAAGGUGCAGGGAACACGGAUAUGCAAGCAGGUGACUUCCCCCAGGAUUGUGUAGACUCUCCUACAACCUCAGGGGGGUCACCAGAAUCGACUGUUGAGGGGUCACCCCUUAAUAAAGGGGAUAACCUUGGAGAACUCAAUUACCAAGAACUCCUGCAAGAAUGGAAUAAAAAUAACAGUAGUACACAAGAGGAGGGACAUAAGGGUGGAGGACCAAUAAGGAGUGCUCAGACAGGAAGAGUCACAGAAGUGCAUCCCUAUGAGAGACCAGAAUCACCUGAACUAGAUUUACCACAGACCUUGCUAGAUCUUCAAGAUGCUGCAAUCAGGCUUGCCAAUGGACAAAAUGGGAUCAAUUGAUCACAUUAUUGAUCAGUUGUAAAUUUAUGAUUGAAUUAAAUGAUUGAAUAAUGAACAACCAUUCACCAAGUGGAGGAAGGUGGUAGUGGAUGUCAAUGCAGCUGCAAAGCAGUGAGUUAAAUAAUUAUCUACCUCUACCCACCAACACUAAAGUGAAUGGUUGUUUUAGUAUGCACUGAAACAAUGAGAUGAUAUGGCACAAAAAGAUUAUUUGAACUCAUUCAUUCCUGUAACGAUUACAAUAUAAUAUUAUUCAGGUGCAAAUCUUGUGCUAGUUGCUGGGAGGGGAAUAGUAGAGGAUAUUUGGAAUUUGAGUAGCCAAUCAGAGCACACCUGCAAUGCUGUCCACUGUUUUUAGUAAUGAUCAUCAAGUCUUACCCUUCGAAGAGUUCUUCAAUGCACCUUGAUGGUUACAACUGGGAAACUUAGAAAAACUUAUAGCACCACUUGAAAUUACGACUCAGUAGCUUUUGUUUAGGUGCCACUCUCAAGUCUUUCAUUCACAGACUAGUUAGAAUUAACGUGUACAACAUUACAAACAGUACGACAUGGAAGGACCUUUCAUGCAUUUAUUUGCAUGAUCAAACGUGAGAAAGUUGGUAUCACACCAUACAUUGUAAGAAGGUGUUACAAACUUUUUUGAAGCCACAGCUUUUUACAUAGUACCACAUGGAGGUGCUUAUUUCAUUCGUACACUUAAAAGUUCAACUAUCCUUAGUCUGCUUAAACACGCAAGACUAAGUGUAAAUGUUGUGCAGUAGAUUUGAUAUCAAAUGUCACUUGUUUACUGUUGCCCCACCAACUUAAGAUUGAAGCCUCCUCUUGUAGCACAGUUAACAACCAUGAUUCUCUCUUUAAUUGAAAGUUACACGCUAGUAUUUGUUUCGUUUUGUAGUAGUUUAACAUAAGCUCGUAGAAAAAAAAUGCCAAUUAUCAUUAUUUAUCUGAAAGCAUUUCUAAAUUCAUGGAGAAGGCCGACGAAUACCAUCUUGCGACUCGGAUCGUUUGGGAACUUCUCAAUUUUUUUACAGAGUGUGUUUUGACGUAAUUUUAUGACGGAAAAAUUUUACGUAGUUAAUAUUAUAAAUAUGUAUGAUAAUAAAGGUGUUAUUAUAUUUCUGUUUUUAA